GAGGCCGAAGAAAAAAAGAGACGGGCAUCCUGCUGGGAUGGUUACCACACUGAAGAACGAUGCUGCUUUGGAUUGGUGGAUCCCCCGAGGCAAUGGGCGCCAGCAGUGCGCAAUGCACCAGCCGUGCAGUGUUUGAUGGCCACGGCAAGGAGGUCGCUGAAUCUUUCGGAUACCCCCGCAACCUGCCGUGGUCGCUACUUUGCUGUGGCCACCCUGGGCCAACUUCGACUGCGGAUGGACUUUGUCGCAUCUGGCAUGGCUUGGUUUCUUGUGCCAAGUAUGUCUGGCCGGGGCUGGGGGGAUUAUGUGGCGAGGUAUGGGCCCACGGGUGUGCAUGACCACAGAGUUGUCGGUGGGCUGUGCCUGCCAGAGGCUUGUGACCUGGGCCCUGCAGCCAUGUAUGUGGUGCCUCGAGUAGCACCCUGGUGGCCUCAGCCGACUCGGGAGCCUGCACCCUUAAACGACACGCAUGUCUGGCUUCCGCCCCCCUUGGCUGUGAGCCACGAUCUCUUUGCAAGCCACGGGUUUAUGCCGAUGUGGGUGUCGAAGCCCGCAUGCCCGGGAACGCAAGAUAGCGCAUUCUGCAGCCAUUAUUGGGAGUUUGCUGUGCAGGAGUAUCAUCACCACAUUGGCGAUUGUUCGGAGGCUGCCGUGGCCGCAGCAGUGGCAAUUGUUCUUGUUUCAGUGCUCUGGCUUUCCGUGGAGAGCAAGCCCCUUGCACAUUGGGUAAACGCAGCCUUUGUCAUGCUUUCCAUUCACCUGAGACGGCCAACCCCGAGCAGAGAAAAGAACAUCAAGGUCCGCUGCAUGCUGAAAGUGCUUCGCCAUGCAGGGCAUCGGUGGCUGCGGAUGUGUCCGCUGCUUGUGACCUCGACUCUGGUGUAUCUCUGUGGCUUCGUCACAUGCAUUCCGAUGAAUAAUGCCAUGAAGAGCAGUGCUUUGCACACAUGGUUUUCUGAGAGGCGCGCAGAGUGUCUGGUGCCACGCCACCUUGUCCUGACAAUCCUUAUGCUACACGAACCAGUCACAGGGCGUGCCUCGCCGUGCCACAACGCAGACAUCUUCGAGACUCUGUUUUUGUUGGAUGUGCUGACCUUUGCGCUGAUGCAGGUAAACGAUGGCGCUUCAUGGUUGCUGUUGCCACCAGCUCUGCUCUGGCGCUGUUGCUGGGUGCUGGGCGAGGGAGAGGGACGCUGGGCCCUGGCAUACCGCCAUCGAUUUACCAUGCUGCUUCCAGUGGCUCUGCUGGCGGUUGGAGUUGGCUCGCUGGAGCGAAAUGUGAGAAGUCGAUUUGCAGCAAGAUCUCUCAACUUUGUGGGCACCUUGCUCAUAUCGACCUCCUGUUUGCAGGAUGCUCUGAACUUCGGGACGGCGGAGUGGACCUAUCCUCUGGGUGAACUUGCAGAGGGCUUGCGCCAGCUGAAGCCUCUGCAGCAAGCUGCCGCGUUUCACGUUUCGGAGCUGCUUUUCGUUCUCGGAUUUCGGCUGCUUUUGGCCGACAGUUCCAGCCAGCAGCAGGUCAAGAAGCGUCCAUGGUCAUGGGUGUCUUUCCUGGCCAGUCUUUGCCCGGGGAUGAACCUCUCCAAUCUGUUCAUCUUCCACUUCCUGGCCGGCUUCUACUUGGAUGAGCCGCAGCCACUGUCUGGCCAAACGGCCAUGCGGAACUUCAUGAACGUGUCGGUGCUGUCUGCGAU